AUGUCUCGUCAACGCUCGCCGCAUGCUGGCGCUUCGACGGUGCAUCCGGACGAAGUCAAGAGCGCCCACUACAACUCGCCCGCGCACGCUACGAAGUCGCCGCAAACGCCCAUCGAGCGCCUUACAGAGAACCUAAUGCAAGAUGAUUCCAACAAGGAUCUAGAAGCGGACUCUGGAACCAUUCUUUACCUCGCAUAUGGAUCGAAUCUGUGCGAAGAAACCUUUCGAGGCAAGCGAGGCAUCCGCCCACUUUCCGAAAUCAACGUUUCGGCGCCGACUCUUCGCUUGACAAUGAGCCUGCCUGGCGUGCCGUACGCGGAACCAUGCUUUGGCAACGUUGCGUUCAGGAAGCUCCCCGAGAAGCCCAAGCUGCCAGACCAUCCGAAACUCCCAUUCGAGCCGCCCGCUUACUCGAAAGGACAAUGGGACGGAGGACUCAUGGGUGUCGUGUACGAGGUGACAAAGUCGGACUACCGCAAAAUCAUGGCCACGGAAGGUGGAGGUUCGGGAUAUCAAGAGAUAUUCGUGCCUUGCGUCCCUCUGCCGCCUUCAGCUUCCAUACCGGAGAAACCUCCGCUGCCCGAACUGCCGCGACCGUUCCUUGCGAGGACCCUGUACGCGCCUUACCUACCAUCCGACGACCCGGGCCGGUCAACCUGGUGGAAGAGACUGUUUUCGAGGACACGCCGCAAUGACCCGGACUAUGCGCAACCAAGCGCUCGUUACUUGAAGCUGAUCACUGAUGGCGCAGAGGAGCAUAACCUCCCCGCUGCUUAUCAGGAAUGGCUACACUCGUUGCAGCCGUACACGGUCACGUCAACGAGACAAAAGAUUGGCAAGCUCGUCCUGAUGGCGACGAUUGGACCCAUGUUCCUGACCUUUAUGGCCUUGGCCAAAUACACAGCCGACGAGAACGGCCGGUACCCGUGGGUUGUUGCGCAGACCAUGACUCUGCUUUUCAAUUCCACCUGGGUUUUGUACGAUUGGAUCUUGAAGCCGUUGUUUGGUGAUGGAGAGCAUACGCAGGACGAGGACGAGGGCCAAUCGGCAAUGAGCAAGCGGCGAUUGUCUAUAGGCAAGCCUCAGCCAGAUGAGGAGAAGACGAGUCUUCUGCAAGGGGAGGUCAGCUAA